AUGACGGGAAUUCCUCGGAAUCGUGAUCACACCUCUAAUUCUAAACGGAGCAAUGUCUUUAAUUUGGUUGCACGGAGAGAGAUUUCUCCAAGAACAAAGCAUGCAGCAAGAGAUGCAAGACGUGGCCUCCUGUCAUGGGUUGAGGCCGAUUCAUUGCGGCAUUUGUCAGCCAAGUAUUGCCCUUUAUUACCUGCCCCAAGGUCUACCAUUGCAGCAGCAUUUAGUCCAGAUGGAAAAGUUCUUGCAUCCACGCAUGGUGACCAUACUGUAAAGAUAAUAGAUUGUGAAACUGGACGUUGCUUAAAGGUGUUAAUGGGCCAUAUGAGGACGCCUUGGGUGGUUAGGUUCCAUCCAUUGCAUCCACAUAUACUUGCUAGUGGGAGCUUGGAUCAAGAAGUUCGAUUAUGGGAUGCUAACACAUCAGAGUGCAUAACAUCUCACCAUUUCUAUCGCCCAAUUGCUUCCAUUGCUUUUCAUGCCAAAGGGGAAAUUAUUGCCGUUGCAUCAGGCCACAAGCUGUACAUAUGGCACUAUGACAAGAAAAGUGAAGCAUCCUACUCACCAAUUUUUGUGUUGAAGACUAGGCGAUCUCUACGAGCUGUGCAUUUUCACCCUCAUGCUGCACCAUAUCUUUUAACUGCUGAGGUCAAUGAUCUUGACUCUUCAGAUUCCUCGAUGACAGAGGCAACAUCUAUUGGUUAUUUACAAUAUCCUCCACCUGCCGUUUUUGUCACAAAUAUUCAACCCACGGAACAUGUUACUUUGUCCAGUGAACCGCCUAACGUUUCAUCGACUUUCUUCUUCGUUCCUUCAUUUACUGUUGAUGAGUCAAGAGACGAAUUACAGCAUGCUAGUCAUGAUGAUGGCUCGAGUAGAAUGCAAGUAGAGUCCCCUGCGGUGGUUCAGUUUCAAGUAGAUACAAAUGUAACAGAGCAAUGUGAUACUUCGUCUCCCAUGGACACAGUCUCGGAGGUUCCAACUAACUCUCAACCUGGUACAGAAUAUCCCGCUCAUUCUUCUUUCUCUAAUGGAAUGGGAAUUGGCAUCCGCAACCUCACAAUGGAUGGUAUGGAGACUGAUGAAACCAGACCGUCGGAAGGAAGUCAACACGGAAACGUUACUGAUAUAAGUUCUCUCAAUGGCAUGUUACACGGACUAUCGGGGCAAACUGCAAAUCAUGGGGUUCAUUCAGAGUUGGGUCAAUUUCAUCAGUUUGUUUCUUCAAGAGACACAAGUGGCUGGGAGUUACCUUUUCUACAAGGAUGGUUAAUGGGUCAAAGCCAAGUUGCAAUGCCAUCUACAACAAUGUCCGGCGGCAUCAACAUACCCAGAUCUUCUACAAGAUCAGGUCUACGGAGUAAUUUUUCCCAAUUGCUUAGACCUGUAUCUGAAUCCCGAAAUCUUGCAGCUUCUACUAAUACCCCACACAAUGGAUCUGACAUCCAAACCAUCAUGAGUCGAAUCCAGUCAGAACUCGCAACAUCUGUGGCUGCAGCGGCAGCUGCUGAAUUGCCUUGUACCGUGAAGUUAAGAGUAUGGUCUCAUGACAUAAAAAAUCCCUGUUCCCCACUAAAUUCUGACAGAUGUCGUCUAAUCAUACCUCAUGCUGUCCUCUGCAGUGAAAUGGGUGCCCACUUUUCACCAUGCGGUAGAUUUUUAGCUGCCUGUGUUGCAUGCAUGCUUCCACAUAUAGAAGCUGAUCCAGGAUUGCAAACUCCAGUACAUCAAGAGCCUGGUGUUGCAACAUCACCAACUCGGCAUCCAAUAUCAGCACACCAAGUUAUGUAUGAGCUGCGGAUAUAUUCCCUUGAGGAGGCAACAUUUGGAUUGGUGCUUGCUUCUCGAGCAAUUAGAGCAGCUCAUUGUCUGACUUCAAUUCAGUUCUCUCCUACAUCGGAGCACAUACUCCUUGCCUAUGGUCGACGUCAUGGUUCUCUUCUUAAAAGCAUUGUCAUUGAUGGAGAAACAACGUUACCUAUAUAUACAGUUUUAGAGGUGUAUAGGGUUUCGGAUAUGGAACUUGUUAGGGUGCUUCCUAGUGCUGAAGAUGAGGUUAAUGUGGCAUGCUUUCAUCCUUUUCCCGGGGGCGGGCUAGUUUAUGGAACAAAGGAAGGAAAGCUUAGGAUUCUUCACUACGAUGGUGCUCACCCAGUGAAUGGCAAUGGACCAAGUUACUUUCCCGAGGAGACCGUCGUUGGAUUCAGUCAGUGA